GAGUCCACGCCUUUGAUUUCCAAUUUAAAACACACUUUGAAAGCUGUGCUGAUUUGUCAGUAGUUAUCUUGUUUUUGCAUUUGUUCAGUAAGUGUUUUGCUAUCAGAAAAACACACUGCUUUCUUGCGACAAACUUUCCAACAAAGAAGGAAAAGAUUCAAACAAUUAUUCCUACUUGCUUCUGGUGUCUUUGUCAAAAAUGGAGGCAGCCACGUCAACCUUCCAGCACCAUUAUGGUCUUGGCCCUCGGGGUCCAGACCCACACUACGGAGCUCCGCAGGACCGGGGACCCCAUCCUCCAUCGGGUCCAGGGCCUUCUGGAGCUCCACGUCCUGAGGAGCAGCAGCACCACAAGCCUUUCUUCUACAUACAGCCCUCACAGCCAUACAUGCCCAUGCAGAGCAUGCAGUGGCCUGUGCCAGUGCCCAUGCCUAUGUCCUACAACCCAUACUACCCUGGUUUAGGUUAUGGCAUGCCCAUGAUGCCCCAGUAUCAGCCAAAUCCCUACAUGGAGCCACCUGGGUUCGUUGUACCAACCACCCACCUCCAUUUGAUGGACUACCGCCGCAUGCUCAGCCCCCAGUAUUACCAGACCAUGGCCUACCACUCCCGCAGGUUCCGCUACCAGCACAACAGCCAGACCAGAGAGAUGACGAGUUCUGAGGUUCAAACCGAGCCCCUUUCCGCCGCCAAGAGGACCAGCACCCCGGGAUCCAGCGAGGUCGAGGCCCCCCGUGGCCUCCCAGUCCGCAGCAGCAACAUUGGCACCGGUGUCGCCAUCAAGGAGCCGCUCUCGCCAGCUCUGUCUGUGCAGAAGGGGGAUCAUUCUGUGGAGCUCAAGGACAUGGCGCCCUCCUCCACCACCAGGACACCACCACCACCACCAAACGGCAGCUUCGUGAUCCAGACGGAGGAGGUGAGGAUUGAAUGCUGCACGACGCCGGUGGGACUGCAACUCCUGCAUGCUCGUGAGACUGCAGAGGUGUCCCACAUGUUUUCCCAAGACGUGGUCCAGUGCUGCACCGGCAGCAACUCUGUCCUCCAGGGUCGAGUCGUGCGGCAGGACGAAGGACGAUGCCUCCCUGCAGAGCAGUCAGAGAAGGCGCUUGUUGGGAUGGCCAGCGGCGGCGAGAAGCUCCUGUCUUUGGAGGACUCCAGGAACCAGACAGAUCGUGCAAUCGACGCCUCUGACGUUGGUUCCCAAGUAUCAGCUCGUGCAGACGUUCAAGAGACGAGUGACGAGAAAGAUCCGUCCAAGAACUUCCAGUUCAAAGUCGUUCACCUGCCCUUCGACCCUAAGUACCUGGACGAGCUGUGGAAGAUGGAGUCCACCGUCUGGUCAAUGGAGGAAACUUUGAUUCCCUCACCUGGAUCGCUGGUCCAAAAUGGCCGCUCAGAGUCUCACGAUGAAACACCGGCUUGUGUAAAUGCAUUGCCGUCAGCGAGAGAGGACCCAGAAGAGUUCGUCCCUGUGAUUCAGAUGCUUCCUCUGGCAGAGGACGAACAGGAUGACAUGGUGGCUGCUGUGGAGGAGCCUCCUGAAGAUAUGUGUCACUUCAUGGAUGUUGCUGUUCUAGAGGAAGCUCCUACGACAGAGUUUACACACACGGCAGAAGUUGAUUCCCCUCUUAAGGCGGAUAGAAACAUCCAGGAUCACCAGGACACUUCAUUCGAAUCAUUGCCUGCCUACCUACCUUCGACCAGCUGGCUUGCUGACUUUGAUAACGUUUACUACUGCAGCAAGAUGCCGCCGACUCCCAAGAAGCAGACCCGACCUCCGAGCAGCCGUGUGUUGGAUGUGCCCACCAGAAGAAGAAAGCUAGACUUCGACUACAAGGACCAACUUACCGUUCGGAAGCCAAAGGCGAGGUACAAACCCAAAGGGAAGGUGGAUCGGCGAAGCCUCUCUGACCACGAAUGCUGCAUCAACAGGAACUUCAACGAGAACUCUUUCACUCCCUACGCAUCCAAGAGGGAGCGACUUUGCUCCAGAUGUGUGGCAAAGAGCACGAUCUGCACGACCACCAGUCUGGGACUCGACGGUCGGCCCUUAAAGAGAAAAGCUGCAGUUUUCCAACAGUGGAACGACACGCUCUUACCGACGUGCGAAGCCUGUAAAUCCCACUCCAACAAACGACUGGUGAGGAAAGGCUCCAAUCCGGAUGUUCGUGGCCCACUUAACGGACACGACACCGAAGAAGAGUCCUCGGAGAACAGCUCGUGUCGCCUCGGCUCAAAGUGGAGGGCAGCCGAUCGUCCCUGGAAGCUGAACAACAUCAAGAUGCCGCUGGCCUCCAGGCAAAACGUGGACAAGUGUCCCACAACGAUGCAACCGAAGCUGAGGGAGAAGAACUGCUUGUGCAACGAGCCGCAGAAUCAGUCUGUCUCAUGGGAGAGGCAGCGCCACUGUCCCCACGGCAACGCCAUCCGAGAAAUGGACGAGAACUGCGCCGCGCCGGAUUCCCUGCAGGACAAAUGCCGGGUGACUGAUCAGAUUUAUCUGACACAUAGUCGGCAAACGGAGAAGUCGUGGAAAGCAGGGAUGCCAAACCACGACAGCGAUGGCUCCAAGAAUGAAGCCAGAGCACCAUAUUUUAAUAAACACAAGAAACCACAAUCACAAGGAACAAGAUUCUGAUUUGCACAAGAGCACAAACAACAACGUCAACGACACUUUGAAAAAUAUAUAUAUAUGAUGUAUGUACACUUAAUUUAAAUUAUUUCUACCUAAAUGAAUUGUAUAAUCACAAUGUUUCACUAUUUAUUAACUUUAAAAUAAA